AUGUUACGUCAAAAAUAUAAACAACUUAUUCGUAAGAAUAGAGAAAGGAAAAAGAAGAAAAAUGGAAUGGAGAAGCAGGCAAGCUAUGAGGCGGCAGAACCAAAUACUGAUGAUAUAGAACAGUUGAUGAUAGAGAAGGCUCAUGAUUUAUUCCGAGUAUGUGAUACGGAAGAGAAAGGCUUCAUCACCAAACGUGAUAUGCAGAGAUUACGAUCAGAGCUUCCACUCAAUCCAGAUCAGCUACAAGAUGUCUUUGAUUCACUUGAUGAUGAUAAAAAUGGCUACCUCACUCUGGAAGAAUUUACAAAUGGCUUUGGAAGUUUUGUGGGUAUGUCACCAAGAGGUAAAGAAGAAGAAGAAGCUACUGAAGGUAGUUAUGAAGUCUAUGAAGAAGAUGAAGAUGGUAAUAUGAGUAAACAAUUUGAUGAUAUGAUGGAACAAGUUGGUGCUUCAAGAAUUCUUCCACACGAUGAUACAAUAAAAGCAUUAUGGGUAAAACUACAGAAAGAUGAACCUGGCCUAGUGGAUUAUUAUGAAGAGUUUCUGUCCAAAAUUUCAGGAGACAUCAAGAAAUCUCAAACAGAUUGUGAAGAGCUAGAACAUGCCUUGAAAUUACCUACUUAA